AUGUCUGACGCUGGAGAUGAAGUUCAAGUAGACGAGACCCCGCAAGAGGUCGUCGCCACAGAGGCACCAAAAGGAAAGAUGAGUGUAGAAGAUGCACUCCAGCAAGUUUUAAAGAUUUCGCUCCAGCACGACGGUCUCGCCCGUGGUCUCCGUGAAUGCGCAAAGGCUCUCGACAAGCGUCAGGCCCAUCUCUGCGUCCUCGUCGAGACAAACACAGAGGCCGAAUAUAUCAAGCUCAUCGAGGCCCUCUGCGCCGACCACAAGAUUAAUCUCAUCAAGGUCGGCGACGCCAAGAUGCUCGGAACAUGGGCCGGUCUCUGCAAGAUUGACAAGGACGGCAACCCCCGCAAGGUUGUCGGUUGCAGCUGCGUCGUCGUCAAAGACUAUGGACAGGACAGUGAGGGAAUGCACGUCCUCCUCGACUACUUCCGCACUAGGUCCUAG